AUGGAUAAGAGUUUAGUUUUACUUACAUUGGAAUAUAGUUAUUUAGUAAAUUCAUCAAAUACUACAUAUUUCCAAACAAAUAAUGGAUUAUGGAAUCACUACCAGGUAGGCGAAAAUAUAAUUACUUCUAAUUUACAAAACAAUCUUCAGGUAAUUGAUAAUUUGGGGUCAAUUGAGGAUGAAAUAAAUAAAAUCAGUCAAACAAAUGAGAACUAUAUAAGAACCAUUAAGCCACUGAUAAAUAACCAAUUAAUAACGGUCUCUAUUAAUGGUUCUAAAGACUUCAUUAAUAGUUCAAGAAGUAGAAUAUUGAAGAGUUACAACCAAAUUAAUUAUAAACAGAUUAAAUUGUCUUCCAAUGAAUUUCGCAAGGUGGAUAAUGAACCAUGUGAAUUCUUGGUAAUGUUGAAUAAAUUAAGUAUAAGAUAUAAUGUUGAAAUAUUAAUUGAUAAUAUAGAUACUGAAUUCAAGAACGUGGAUAAGAAAAGUAAGAAUUACUCUAUCUAUAUUUUGGGAAAUCAAGAUAAUAUAACCGUUACGGAAUCUCAAAUUAGGAUUCUCAUUGAUAACAUGUUAAACGGUUUCCAUAUCGAUUCAAUUGAUAUUGAUUUAUCAUUAAUUCCAAUUAUAGGUGGUAUUGAGUUAUUUAAUUUCAGCCAAAUCGCCAAACAGCUGGAUUCUAAUAUUUAUAUUCCAGAUCUAUUACCAGAGUUAUUUAAUUCUGAGAUUUUGCAUUCUACGAAGAGCUUAAAAAUUUGGAUCACAUCUAAAGAAAUUUAUCAGAUUCUUAUGACUAAGGACAUCCUAAGCAAUUUAAUUGAUUGUAUUUUGAAGGAACAAAAUUCCCUUGUCGUAAAGGAAAUUGACCUUACUAAAGUUAAAAUUGAUUUGAUUACAUUAUUUAACCAAUCUAACAUUUUAGGUAUAAUGUUCAAAUAUGGUACUUUUAUUCAAGUGCCAUCUCUAGGAGAGGCUGACAACUAUAAGAUAAGGGUUCAAGGACAAUCAAUUGAAAGUAUCAACGAGUCAAUACAUGAACUCACAUUGUUAAGCUCUGAUUAUUAUACGAUAAAUAUCAAUUUCCGGAAUUGUUUCAACAAUGAGCUCGAAUACUACCUCAUCAAUUUAAUUGAUUUAAAAAAGACGUGCAUAAUAAGUUAUAAUCAAUAUGGUAUUGAAAUUAAUGGGCUGAAUCAAGAAAUCAAACAAAUUCUAAGAAAAUUGAGUACAAACUAUUACUUUUGGCGUAGUAUUUUGAAUAAUUUUACUAUAAAUCUCAGAAUAGAAAUCAAUAAUGACCAGAAAGAUUUUAUAAGUGGUAAGAAAAAUGGUAAAAUAAUCAAAAUUUUGAAUCAAUUGAAUAAUUUGGCCAUAAUUAAAUUCAAACCUUUUAAUGAAUACAACUUUUUUAUCGAUUUGAAAUUAAUUAGCGACAAUGAUAUGGUAAUCAACAAUUUGAUGACCGGUAUUGAAUUGAUUGAAUUAGAAUUACCAGCUGAACUUAAAUUUAACAUCCCUGAAGUGUUUCAUAAGUCGAUUAUUGGUAAUGGAGGAUCGAUAAUUCAGUCCAUUAUGAAGAAAUAUAAUGUUUUCAUCAAGUUCUCGAGCAAUUUAAACUCAGCCCAAGAUAAAAUAUUUUAUUCGUUCAAGAGAUGCAGCAACGUGUUGAUCAAAUGCCCAAAUAAAAACUCAAAGAAUAUUGGCUUGGUCAAACAGGAAAUCGACCAGCUAGUAAUGCAUUGUUGUUUGAAUAAUAUGCCUGUCACUAAUGGGGGGACUAUUUAUAACACCACCAAUUUUGAGUUAUGGAAGAGUCAUUACAUUUUAAUUAUAAACCGAAACUACAACUUGAAAUUCAUAAACAACUUGGAGAUUGAAACCAAUACAUACAUCAACUUCCCAGACUCAAUAGAAGAGUUUGGUAGUGCAGAUAAGUUAAUCAUCCCUAUUAAGGGCUCUGAUACUAAGUCUGUUUUCUGUGCUCAGAAGUUGUCUCAAUUUUUACCACAAAACUAUCAAUUCAGAAUCACUUAUUGUCCAGGAAGAUUUGACAAUUUAAUUAGCAGAUCGAAUAAAGAUUUCCAAGACAGAAUCAUCAUACCAUUCAAGGUAUUGCUUAAAAUCGAGGUUAGCGUGAGAACUACCGAAAAUUUGCAUCACGAAAUAUUGUUGAGUUAUUUUGCACCCAGUGAUAUAUCGGCAGCUAUUAACAACUUGACAUUGUAUUUAAGAGAAAAGAACUUCUUAAUUUUAGAUAAACAGUACUUGCAGUUUAACCCCAUCAUUGAAGUUUCUAACCCGGUGGUCAAUAAAUUGAAGCCCAUCACCAAUUUUGUAACUAGUGGAAAAUCUAAGAAAAUCGUCAAAAACCAAAACCAAAAUCAAAACCCAGCUUUCGCCUUACCAGGAAUUGACUAUACUACCAGUUUACAAUCUAUUAACAAUUAUGUUCAUUAUAUAGGCUAA